CGACAACUCGCCCAGAACGUACGCGCAUACCUCUGCACCGACCGCGUGACAGGGUGCAGGUACGUGCACCGGAGUGGUUGCCUAGGCACACUGCUCUGCCGCCGACGACGCUGCCGCCGCAGCCGCCGCCGCCGUCGUAGUCGUCGUCGUCGUUGCCGCCGGACUAAAGUUUCAGUCAACGUGUUGGACGCACGCAAUUGUCUCCAUCGUCCGUCGAAGCUUCACUACGGAAAGUCAAAAUCUUGCACCACCAUGAUUCCAUUAAUGGAAAACAAAAUGAAAUGGGACAAACCGAAGAAAAAGAAUAAGAACUACCCCAGCAUUGAAAUCGAAAUGAGUAGUACCAGUUACAGCGGUCACAACGAAAAAACCGCGGAAGAACCUUCUGUAUCAAUGUUUCCAGUGUGGUCUAGUAAACAUAAUGCCAAUUCGUCAUCACCAGGCCGUGGAAUUAAGGAACAGAGUUUUAUUUUACACAGUGGAGAUUCUGGUAUAGAGUCUGUGCAGGCAAGUCCUGCUCAAAAAACUACCAAAGCCGGUUCGUCUACAAUUGAUCUUUAUGACGUCCCGGGCCCGUCAACAUCGAGACGAUAUAGUUCUGUAUACUUGCAACCUGAUCAUGCACGGUUAUAUCCAAUAGCCUCUUCUUCUCAUGAUCAUGGUGCAGCUGAGGACAACGACUGUUUGGGCGUGGACAUAUGCAGUGGUAACCUAUCCAGGGCAUCCUCGUCGAACGCGUCUUCGCUGUUGAGCGUAGCCGGCGCGACGGGAUCAUCGGGUAACCGGCACGGAGCUGUGUGGGGCCGGCGCAGGAGCUCGACAUGGACGGGCCGGUGCUCGGACGUGACGGACCCGGAGUUCAUAGGCUUACGCUUGGGCGCACGGGGCAGCGUGGGCAUGCACAGCCUGUCGGAUUCGCUGCACCGACUGACGUUCACGCAGAGCCUGGCGUUCCCGGAGCUCGCGCGCAAGCUGGCCAACCGACGCCGGCAGGAACAGAUGCGUGCGGCCAUCAACGACACCAGCCAGGACGACUUCGAGGCGUGUUCCAAGUUCGUGGCCGUGGCCGGCGUGUUCCUGUUCAGCCUGAUGGUGUACUGCGUGGUCAACCGUUACGGCAAAUCAUAAGGGUGGUCGCCCCGCGACAAU